CGCACGAGAACAAAAUUACAAAACAGAAACACAUAAACACAAAGCUAGUCAUUUUUAAGUUUAUUGUUUAUGUUUAAAAAUUUUUGAGAUAAAUAUAGGUAUAUUCCAGGAUAAUUAUUCUUAUUCAUUCCAAUUGAUACAGGCUUAUUUAUAUAAGAAAUAAAUCAUUUCCAUCAUUCAUUAGGAUCACUCGAAGUAGAAAAUUUGUAUGGAUCUUAUCCUAUUGAAACUGUAAUCUAAGACUACAUAACAUUGUUGAUUAAGUUGAUGAAUAUUUUAACAAUUCACAAGAGAACUAUCUAUUCUUGUCGAAGCAUGGUGAAGUAUCUAAAACAGCAGGAAGCGAUAGAUAUAGAUGUGGCACUUUUCAAUGAGUACAAGUUCUCUGUGGAUCAACUUAUGGAGCUAGCUGGCUUAAGUUGUGCCACUGCUAUUGCAAAGAGCUUCCCAAUCAAUGAAUUAAAAAAUAAAAGCCUAUUGAUUUGUGUUGGUCCUGGAAAUAAUGGAGGCGAUGGACUUGUAUGUGCUAGGCAUAUGAAAUUGUUUGGGUAUAAUUCGGAAUUAUAUUAUCCAAAGAGAGUAGAUAAACCAUUAUAUAAUAAUUUACUGCAUCAGUGUAUAUCAAUGAAUAUUCCUGUUCUUGAUAAGCUGCCAGAUGCUAAUCAGCUAGAGACGUAUGGUCUUUUUGUAGAUGCAUUGUUUGGAUUCAGUUUCAAACCUCCUGUACGAGCCGAGUUUGUACCUGUUUUAGAAAUGUUAAAAAAAUCAAAAAUACCUGUUGCAAGCAUAGAUAUUCCCAGUGGUUGGGACAUCGAAAUGGGGGAACCUAAUGAAGGAGGUAUAAAACCCGACCUUCUUAUUUCCCUAACUGCCCCCAAGCUGUGUGCACAGAAAUUUGAAGGAAAAUAUCAUUAUCUAGGUGGUCGGUUUGUACCUCCAAAACUAGCUGAAAAAUAUGAUCUUUCACUCCCAGAAUACCCUGGAACAGAGUGUUGUGUACUGUUGAAGAAGUGAUUUUUAUAUUGUUUGUUUAUAUAUGUUACAAGCUUUUUUAUGUUGAAUCAUGAAAUAAAAGUUGGUCUAGA